GGACCAGUCGGCCGCUGCGUGUCAGUGAGGGGAGCGUGGUCGGGGGAGCGCCGUCACAGGACCGCUGAUACCGGUCGGAGGGAAGGAGGGAGGCUUGUCUGAGGGAACGAAGAUCUGACGAGAGGAGGGUGUCCUCGUCCUGUCGGAUCAGCACGCCACUAGUCGACCAUGAGGCUCCUGUUGAUCGCAGCAGCGCUGUUGGCUACGGUUAGCUCCGUUUCGUCCAGAGCCGGCAGUGCAGCGAAGGUGACACUGGGUCCUAAGCUCGUGAACACGGUGGAGAGGGAGUUUCUCAGCUUCGCCCUCGAUGACGGACUUGCCAAGAAGAACUGGAGCCGGCUCGAUCUCGGAUCCGAGCGUCUCCGCACGCUGGCCGGAGCGCUGCGUCCGGCCGUGUUACGUGUGGGCGGUACGAACGCGGACUGCCUCAUCUUUCGACACCCGGUGGAGGAGUUCCGAGACGUGAGCCGCUGCAGCCCCUUCCAAAAGAAGAAGACGACACCGUUUGAGUUUACAGAGUCCUCCUGGUCAGCUUUGAGGGAGUUUGUCUCGGCACUGCGCCUACCACUGCUGUUUGACCUGAACUCACUGCUGAGGGACGCCAGCGGUCAAUGGAUUGACACCAACGCCAGGGAGGUCAUCAGCACACUGCAGGCCGAGCUGAAUGUGUCGUUACUGUGGCAACUGGGGAACGAGCCCAACAGUUACCGUCACAAGUUCAACUACACCGUCGACCCAGAGACUCUCGGUACCGAUUUUGUGCGCCUGCGCAGUCUCCUGGGUCCGUCCGGUCGGCUGGUGGGGCCAGAUGUCACCCGUCCCGCCCUGUCCCGGCCCGCGGGACUAGAGGAGCGGCCCUUCCAUCUGCCCGCCCAGAAGUUUCUGAGGAGAUUCCUCGAGACGGGCCGUGGAGCUGUGGAUGCUGUAACGUUCCACCAGUACUACUUCAACGGUCGCACGGCGACUCCUGCCGAUUUCACGAACACCACACACAUGGACCUGCUGAGCCGGCAGAUCGGGGCCGCGCGGCGGGCCGCCGGGCCCUCUGCGCCCCUCUGGAUCACAGAAUCGGCCAGCGCGUGGGGCGGAGGGGCGCCGGGCCUCAGUGACCGGUACCUGGCCGGGUUUCUGUGGAUGGAUAAGCUAGGGGUCGCGGCGCGGCACGGGGUUAGCCUGGUGGUGCGUCAGGCGCUCUAUGGAGGACACUACGGACUGCUGAGCGACGACAUGACGCCCAACCCGGACUACUGGCUGUCCUACAUCUACAAACUGGUGGUGGGACGCCACGUGCUGCAGACUAGGGUGUCGGGCCCCGACACGGUGCGCAUGUACUGCCACUGCGGCCACCAGUUCCUCCCAGAUGAUUCUGUGACGUGUUUCACAUUGAACCUAUCUGAGAUGGCCCAGAAGGUAAAGCUGGACGAAAACCUGCGUCAGGGCGGCAUCAAGUACGAGAUGACGCCGCCCGAAGGCAAUCUCACGGCAAAGGGGAUUAUGUGUAACGGCAAACUGCUGGAGCUCAACGGAGACCGCCUGCCGACAGUCCCCACAGCACUGUUCGCACCGGGACCCACCCUCAGCCUGCCGCCCUACGGCAUCGGCUUCUACGUGUUCAGAAGAGCGGCACCGGCCGCCUGCCUGAAUGACGCCAAAGUAGGGCUGAGGACUGGAACAAGGACUGGACCCGUGGACUGGGACUGAUUACUAGGGGCAAAACUGGGACGGAGGACUGGGGCUGAGGCUGGGAAUGAGGAUUGUGACUGAUAAUUGAGGACUGGACUGAGAAUUGAGGACUGGACCGAGAAUUGAGGACUGGACUGGGAAUUGAGGACUGGGACUGAUGACGUGGGCGAAGGGCUGAGAUUGAUGGCUGUGGCUGUACACCGACCCAGACCGUCAAAUAAGCUUACAAAUCACACUUUCAAGACUGGACCGUAAGACAGUGACUGAGCAUUUCCUCUACUGCAAUGUGUUAUGUCUAAUGUACGAAUAUGCCAUGGCUUAUUCCCAGGAUGUGAUGAAGAGAAAAAUAAAUGAUAGCAAAGCUAA